CCAUAAAAAAUCUCGGCCGGCUCGGACGGACUCAGGCAGGCCCUAUGGAGACAGACCCUAAGGUUAAGUGUGGACUGGUUAUGCGGCUGAGAGGGCGCUGCACCUCGAAAAUCUUUUCAGUGUACGGCUAGUGUAUAGUUAUCGAAAGUAAAUUUAAUCGCUAUGAAUCAGCUACCAAUGCACAAUGCACUCAAACCACUUGGCUGGUUAGAAGGAAUUUGGAGAACAGAGAAUGUUGGUCUAGGUAAAUUUCCUACAAUCAAUCCAUUCAAAUAUUAUGAGGAAAUUACAUUCACAUCAAUUGGUCAACCAAUGUUGAACUAUGCUGCUCAAAGUUGGCAUCCUGAAAAGAAGGCACCUAUGCAUAGAGAAGUGGGAUUUCUUAAAAUUAUACCCAACACUAAUACAGUAUCAUUUUUCAUUGCUCAUAAUUUUGGAUUAACUACCAUUGAAGAAGGAGAAAUUAAUGAUUAUGUUGUAAAUUUAUUGAGCACAAGUAUAUCUAGAAAGGCUGAAGGAUCAAAACCUCCAGCUGUUUUACAACUCAAACGUGAAUUUAAACUUGUAGAUGACCUGUUGUAUCAAACUGUUUACAUGGCUACAGAAACUACUCCAGAACUAACAGAACAUUUAAAAGUAGUUUACAAAAAACAGCAGGAAUCUUUGUGUAAAUAGAGAAUGUAAUUCACGUGUAAAUAUAUAUUUGUAUGUUUUUUACAUUAUAAAAAAAUGUGAUUGAUGUAGUUGGUAAUAAAAAAUGAUGAAAUUAUUCAUAUUUAUAAUUGUGAUUGAUUUUGUUAUAAAAAUUACGAAUAUUGUACACAAGUGGUACAAAAAUAACAUAUUGCCCUUAUUAUUCUGUAUUAAUGACUGAAUAAAAUA